UCCGAAACGGAGCGUAGGCUCCAUCAGAAGAUAUUUAACAACUACAACUUGAAGGUGCGACCUGCGCAGUACUGGGAAGAUAGAGUGAUGGUACGGGUGGGAAUGACCCUGUCUCAGUUGGUCAGCUUGAAUGAGAAGAACGGCGAGAUGACGACAAACGUGUUCAUGAAUCUGGAAUGGAAAGACUAUCGCUUGUCGUGGAACCCGAAGGAUUACGACGACAUCAGUGUUCUGCGAAUUCCCGCCAAUAAGGUGUGGCGCCCCGAUGUGUACCUCAUCAACAAUAACGACGGCCAAUUUGACGUGGCUUUAUAUGUUAACGUCUUGGUGUACAAUGACGGAACAGUUAACUGGCUUCCGCCGGCCAUCUACCGCAGCUCUUGCUCUAUCGAGGUGGCGUACUUCCCUUUCGACUGGCAAAACUGCAGCAUGAUCUUCCGCUCGUACACCUACGACGCCUCGGAAGUGGAGCUGCAAUAUUACCUGGACGACGACGGGAAGGAGAUCCGCGAGAUAGUCAUCGACGAGAACGCUUUCACCGAAAAUGGCGAGUGGAACAUUUGUCACAAACCUUCGAGAAAGAACGUCAGGGAGGAUCUGUACGAGGACAUCACCUUCUACCUGAUCAUCGAGAGGAAGCCUCUUUUCUAUAUCAUCAACAUCAUCGUUCCCUGCAUCCUCACCAGCGUAUUGGCUAUUUUUGUCUUCUACCUCCCCCCCGGAGCAGGUGAAAAGAUGACCCUCUCCAUUUCGGUUCUCAUUGCCUUGACCGUCUUCAUGCUGCUACUGGCGAACAAAGUCCCCGAGACUUCGCUGGCCAUCCCCAUCAUUGUUAACUACGUCAUGUUCACAAUGAUCCUGGUCACCUUCUCCGUCAUCCUGAGCGUGGUUGUCCUCAACUUGCACCACCGCACACCAAGCACACAUAUCAUGCCCAACUGGGUCCGCAGCGUCUUCAUUGACUUCCUGCCCAAGUACAUCGGCAUGACGCGGCCCGAGCCUGAGGAAGAUCUUUCAAAGGAGGACUCCUGUGACCGAACACCCACGCCGGGCUUCAAUGGACGGCAACCGGGAGGGGAGUACUUCUUUCGCAAGAUCAACCCCGACCUUGUCAUACCUUGGAGAGGCAGGUGCGAGAGUCCGGUGCAGCUCCAAAGACUUCCGGAUUCAGAUGGAUUUUGUCUGAUCCUUCCGCCUAACUUGAAGUCGGCCAUCGGCGCCGUCACGUUCAUGGCCGAGCAGCUUAAGAAGCAAGACGUGGAUGAUUCGAUGACGGAAGACUGGCAGUACAUCGCGCUGGUGGUAGACCGACUUUUCUUGUGGCUCUUUGUCAUCAUCACCAGUUUGGGCACUUUGGCGAUGUUCUUGGACGCCAGUUUCAACUACACGCCCGAUAACCCCUUCCCAUAA